GUUGGAGGGAAACAGCAAAACACCCUAAUUUGCUAUAAUUGCUAAAGUAGCUUACGACACCGUUUUAAUGUCUUCGCCUCUUCAAAGUUCAAAACCUCACUCUAAAACCCUUCCUUUUUCCCUCGCCUCUUGCCGUCACCGGCGGUCAGUUCCCGGCACGAAGAUACGACAGACGCGAAGCCCUGUAGGAAUUCCAAAUAUUCUUGUUCAUCCCCUACAAAGAAGUUUCGAAUUGUUAUCCUACAUUUUCUGCAAUAUUCAUUCCAGAUCUCUUAUUUUAGGGGUUUAUGAGAACUGAAGAUACAUAAGGUUGUUCAUGUGAUGGAGGUUCAUUUGGGAGAUUUACCUUCCCCACUUUCUCUUUCUCAAAGUAAAAGAAGAAAAUUAUCUCUGGAUGGGAAAAAUGCUCCUUUGCCAUGCCAAAAUUGGAGCAAGGUUGAAGCAUUACUGCCAACCUUGCUAUCGCCUGAAUAUUUUACGGAUCCUUGUUUGAGUGAAUUGGCUAUUCAGGAGUUCUUGAAUCCAGGUUAUUGCAGCAGAGUUCUGAACUUUACUGUGGGAAGAUAUGGUUAUGGUUAUGUUAUAUUUACUGGGAGGACUGACGUGAGAUGGUUAGAUUUGGAUCAAAUUGUCAAAUUCAGGAGACAUGAGCUGGUCAUCUAUGAAGAUGAAAGUACAAAGCCUGCUGUUGGCGAGGGUCUCAAUAAAGCUGCUGAAGUAACUUUACUAGUACAAACUCGAAAACCCAUCAUAUCAAGCAGGAUUGCAGAGAAACUGAGGCUCAGCACAGAAAGACAGGGAGCCAAAUUUUUAUCCUUUAACCCAUCAAACGGUGAAUGGAAGUUCCUUGUUCAACAUUUUAGCAGGUUUGGUUUUAAUGAAGAUGAUGAAGAAGAUAUAGCCAUGGAUGAUGCGUCUCCAGAAGUUCAAAAUCCGUUGGAACAUAAUGCUGGAGAUAUUUCAGACAUAGAAGAGGAAGAAGCUUCUGUUUUUGAGCCAACUUCACUUUCACACUCUCUUCCUGCUCAUCUUGGGCUUGAUCCUAUUAAAAUGAAAGAAAUGAAAAUGUUGAUGUUCCCUGGAGAGGAUGAGGAUGAAGAGUUCGAUGGUACGCCAUCGGUUGAGUUGCAACCUUUCUCUAAAGAAUCUAUAAGAGCUCCCUUACAACACUCUUCUGAGAAGACUGUGCGUAAAGAGAGCCCCCCUUUUGUUCGCAAGACUCCGCUACCUUUGAUUGAGUAUAAUCCUGGUAGCUUUUGCUCUAGCUCUCCGGGGUCCAUCUUAAUGGCCAAACAAAAUAAAGGUGCGGUCUUGAGGACAACAAAAGCUGAGGGGUUCAAGCUUGAUCUCAAGAAGCAUACACCAGUAACUGACAGCCAGUCUAAAAACAUUGUUGAUGCUGCACUGUUCAUGGGCCGAUCUUUUCGUGUAGGAUGGGGUCCUAAUGGUGUCCUUGUUCAUUCUGGUAUGCCUGUUGGUAGUGGUGGGACACAGAGUGUAUUAUCUUCUGUAGUGCACUUGGAGAGGGUUGCAAUAGACAGAGUCGCACGAGAUGAAAAUAACAACGUUCAAAAUGAGCUUGUGGACUUCUGUUUUGAUACUCCCCUUGAUCUCCAUAAGGAAAUGGAUCAUGACAUAGAGGAUAUUCAAGUUGGAUCCUUCAAACUGAAACUUCAAAAACCUGUCUGCGACCGAUCAUCACUCUCAGAAAUUUGUCGGGGCUACAUAGGGAUUAUUGAGAGGCAGCUGGAAGUGUCAGGGGUCUCUUCUGCCGCUCGAGUUUUACUAAUGCACCAAGCAAUGAUCUGGGAAUUGAUAAGAGUGCUUUUUUCUUCAGGACAAAUGGGCAGACCAUUAAAAUCUGCAGAAGUUGACCAAGAGGAAGACAUGAUGACUGAUGUAAGGGCAGAUUCACCUGAUGCUGACCCUGAGUCACUUCCACUGAGACGCAGAGCUGAGUUCAGUUGUUGGUUGCAAGAGAGUGUUUGCCACCGGGUGCAGGAGGACAUCAGUUCCUUGAGUGAUUCAUGUGAUCUGGAACACAUUUUCUUACUUUUGACGGGCCGUCAGUUGGAUGCUGCAGUAGAGUUGGCUGCAUCUAGAGGAGAUGUGAGACUCGCUUGUCUUUUGAGCCAGGCUGGUGGGUCCAUGGUUAAUCGAUCAGAUAUUUUUCGGCAGCUGGACACAUGGAGGAUCAAUGGGAUGGACUUUAGUUUUAUUGAAGAAGACAGGGUAAGGCUUCUUGAAUUGCUUGCUGGGAAUAUUCAAGGUGCCUUACAGGGUGUUAAAAUUGACUGGAAGAGGUUCCUUGGAUUAUUGAUGUGGUAUGAGCUUCCUCCUGAUACUUCGUUGCCUGUAAUUUUCCGCAAAUAUCAACAGCUCCUUGAGAAUGGAAGGGCUUCAAAUCCAGUUCCUGUUUAUGUUGACGAGGGGCUAGUGGAAAAGUCGGCUAACCCGAGUGUGAGGGAACGAUAUGAUCUUGGUUAUUACCUUAUGCUUCUUCAUUCUUCUCCAGGAAACAAGUUCGGUCACCUGAAAACCAUGUUCAGUACCUUUGCUUCGACAAAUGACACACUUGACUACCACAUGAUUUGGCAUUACCGAUCUGUUUUAGAAGCAAUUGGCGCAUUUAAUUCAGAUGAUCUUCACAUUCUUGAUAUGGGACUGAUUUCUCAGUUGCUCUGUCUAGGGAAAUGUCAUUGGGCAAUCUAUGUGGUCCUUCACAUUCCCCAUCGUAAAGAUUAUCCUUGCUUGCAUGCGAUGCUUAUCAGAGAAAUCCUCUUUCAAUACUGUGAAGACUGGAGUGCGGAUGACUCUCAGCGACAAUUUAUUGAGGAUUUAGGAGUUCCUUCUGCCUGGAUGCAUGAGGCUUUGGCUACCUAUCUUAAUUACUAUGGAGACUCUGUAAAAGCUCUAGAUCAUUUCCUUGAGUGCGGAAAUUGGCAAAAAGCCCACUCCAUUUUCAUGACUUCAGUUGCUCAUUCCCUGUUUUUGUCAGAUAAGCACACUGAAAUCUGGCAGCUGGCGUAUUCCAUGGAAGACCACAAGUCAGAAAUUGAAGAUUGGGAUUUAGGAGCUGGACUGUACAUUUUAUUCUAUUCAUUAAGAAGUUCAUUACAGGAUGAAAACAUUACCAGGAACGAACUGGACACUCUUGAGAAAAAGAAUGAUGCUUGUACUGAUUUCAUUAGUAGAUUGAACAAGUCGCUGGCAGUUUGGGGAAGUAGAGUUCCCAUUGACGCAAGGGUCGUGUAUUCAAAGAUGGCUGAGAAGAUCUGCAAUCUUCUUGUGUCUGAAAGCGACGAGAAUUCACCCAUUGAAGUUCAACUGAGCUGCUAUGCCAACAUAUUUAGAGCACCCCUUCCAGAAGACCUACGGUCGUGCCAUUUACAAGAUGCUGUCUCACUUUUCACGAGUUAUAUUUCAGAGGCUGCGUCCUAGAUGUUUUGUUCUCCUUGCUAUCCUUUUUCCUUGAUCCAACCAUGCGUCAACUUUAUACUAGUAUUAUUGAGUUUCAUGAAGUGCAACUUCCGGCCAUCGUUCUUGUGUAGGGACUUUUUGUCUUUUUGGAGGGAGCUUUGAACAUAUGUAUUCGUGUAUGACUUACAAGGAGCAGCGUGGAGAGCACAAAGCCAAAUGUGUAUGACAAUAUGAUGUUUGACUAAUUAUAUUUCUUAAAAUUCGAAAGGUAACAGAGUAAUUUCUGCUGUUUUUCUUAUUGUCACAGCAGUGAAGGCCGGGACUGAGACUUUUGUUAGCGUCAUAAAUUUUUGUAAGGCCAGUAAUGAAUGUUACAGAUCAUAGAAUCUAGUCAUUGAUGGACCACAUUGAUCCGUAGUAGAACCUAACGGGCAAAGAGCUCUCUAUGUUUCUUCUGGUUCCCUGAGCUUUGCUCAUGUCUUUAAUUAUUACCCAUAUUCCCAAAGUUGAUAGUGAAGUGAAGU